AUGCCCGUCACGAACUUUGAUUUCAAGGAGAAAUACCGGUACCAGGUCGGCUUCGACUCUCAUCUCGAGUCCGAAGCCGUCCCCGGAUCCCUCCCCAUCGGCCAAAACUCCCCGCAAAAGCCGCCCCACGGCCUCUACGCCGAGAAGCUCUCCGGCACCGCCUUCACCGCGCCCCGCUCCGACAACAAACAGGCCUGGCUCUACCGCAUCCUCCCCUCCUGCGCCCACCCGCCCUACGCCCCGACAAAGACCCCCGAACCCAAGGCCGAGCCGUCCAAGCUGCAAUACAUCCCCAAUCAGCUGCGCUGGGACCCGUUCGACCAUGACGAGGCGCGACACCAGGACUUCGUCCAGGGCCUGAGGCUCGUCGCCGGCGCCGGCGACCCCACCCUCAAGCAGGGCAUCGGCAUGUACAUCUACGCCGCGGGCCGGAGCAUGGACGACAAGUCCGCCUUCUACUCGGCCGACGGCGACCUCCUGAUCGUCCCGCAGGAGGGCCCGCUCGACAUCCGCACCGAGUUCGGCUGGCUCCUCGUCCGCCCGCUCGAGAUCGUCGUCAUCCCCAGGGGCGUCAAGUACCAGGUCCACCUCCCCUCCGGCCCGGCGCGCGGCUACGCGCUCGAGCUGUACCAGGGCCACUUCGUCCUCCCCGAGCUGGGGCCGAUCGGCACCAACGGCCUCGCCAACGCCCGGGACUUCCAGGCCCCCGUGGCCUGCUUCAGCGAGGACUUCGGCGCCACCGCGCAGGAGGGGUCCAACAGCUACUCCGUGACGGUCAAGUUCAACAACGACUUCUUCCGGACGGAGCAGCCGCACACGCCCUUCGACGUCGUGGCCUGGCACGGGAACUACUACCCCUACAAGUACGACCUGGGCCGCUUCAACACGAUCGGCACCAUCUCCUACGACCACCCGGACCCGUCCAUCUUCACGGUGCUCUCGGCGCCGAGCGGGGUCCCCGGCACGGCCAUCGCCGACUUCGUCAUCUUCCCGCCGCGCUGGCUCGUCGCCGAGGACACCUUCCGGCCGCCGUACUACCACCGCAACACCAUGUCGGAGUUCAUGGGCCUGAUCACGGGGGACUACGACGCCAAGAAGGCCGGCUCGGGCGGGUUCGUGCCGGGGGGCGCGAGCCUGCACAACACGAUGAGCGGGCACGGGCCGGACGCGGCGAGCGGCGAGGGCGCGCGGAACGCGGAGCUGCGGCCGGCCAAGGUCGGGGCCGGGAGCUGCGCCUUCAUGUUCGAGAGCUGCGCCAUGGUCGGCGUCACCGAGUGGGGGCUCAGGACGUGUCGGAAGGUGCAGGAGAGGUAUAGCGAGGAGAGCUGGGGCGGCGUUCCCGUGCAUUGGAAGAGGCCUGAGGGGGUCGAGACGGAGGGGCAUUUGUUGAAGUGA